ACCGAGCUGCGCAGUUUGUUCAACUACAUUUGGUUUCUGUUUUGGAUUAAACUGUUUAUCGCGGUCGCUUUCUAAUCGGCAUUAUUUGUAUUUUUAAUCUGAUUUAAUCUGAUCUUCGCAUGUGUGAUGUCCAAAUCAGCUCAGCAGGAAUGGUUUAUGUAGCAGCAACCUGCAGCUAUAAUAAACACUUAGACGUGAGCCAGGAGUUAUUUCUAAUAUGGAAGGAGAGUACACAUGAAGCUUUGGCGCCCUCUGCUGGAUCAUAUAUGAUAUGCCACCACAGGCUUUAGACAUGAACGUGCACUGGUUUUGAAAUGUGCACCAAAAAAGUUAAUGUGUUUAAGAUUUUAAAGUUACUCAAUAAUGAAUAAAAUUAUUAAUGUUUAUUUAUCUCAAUGAAUAAACAAAUCAGGAUUGUCUAGACGUUCCUAUUAGACAUCCCAGACUUUUUUCUUUAUCUCUUUAACUUAUCCUCCACUUUCUUCUAAGAGAGGGAAAGAGUUUUUCCCCUACACUAAAAUGAGAAGUUCAUCUUUAUAUUUCAUGUUUUUAUGGUAUGGUGUAAUUAGAUUUUUUUUAUUAUUAUAAAUAAAUAAUGGUAAUUGUAGAAUGUUUCCACCUCCUGGGUCUGGGUUCAAUUCCCGGCUCGGGUCCAGAGUCGCGCUAAUUUCUCCCCAAGAUCUUGUAUUGAUGAUGGGAGAGUCGGACCAUUGUGUAAAGUCUUCUGCAGAACAUCCUAAAGACUCUCAAUGGGGUCAAGGUCUGGAUUCUUUUGUUCAAUCCAUGAGUGAAAAUGAUGUCUCAUAAACAACUCUUUCACAAUUUGAGCCUGAUGAAUCCUAGCAUCAUCAAGGAAAAAUCAUUUUAUGUAAAAACCUGGUCAUUCAGUAUAUUCAGGUAUAUUUACCAAAUUUUUGGUCCAACAGAACCUCAGAUCAUAACACUGUCCCCACAUGCACGGGUAGGCACUAGUCAUGAUGUGUGCAUCGCUUUAUCCGCCUCUCUUCUUACCUUGAUGCACCCAUCCCUCUGGAACAUGGUUAAGACCACAUGACCUUUUUUCACUGCUCCAGAGUCCCUAGCAACAUAUAUCCUUUUUUCCAAUAAGCCCCACUGAUAAGUGGUUUUCUUAAAGCUACACGGCUGUUUAGUCCCAAUCCCUGGAGUUCUCUUCGCAUUGUGCAUGUGGAUAUGAUCUUACUUUCCUUAUUAAACAUCUAGUGUUGUUAUUUUUACAAUUUAAUUUCACUACGCGUAUUUUAGUCCUCAGAAUGUUUUUUUUUUUUCCAACCACAUUUCUCUCUCGAAGAUGAUGGUUCAGCACUGUCCUUCCAGGUUGUAAUAACUGGAAGCACUCUCCUUAGUUGUUUUCUUUGCUUGAUGCAGGCCAAUAAUUUGACGCUUCUAAAACAGAGUAGCAUCACAGGAUAUGAUGCAGCUACUCACUGCAUCAGUUAGAUCCAUUUUAAUGAUCCAAUGGGAGGCUCUUAAUGAUUUGCUUAGUUAAAUCCAAGUUGUGCCUUUUUUUCUUGGCAGGACAGUGUAUAACAUGAGACAUGUGUUGUCUGAUCAACUGCAUUUCAGUUUUUCAGUCAUACUGAGAAGACAAUCAUGGAAGACUCUGUAGAUGUCAUUCUUCAGGAGAAAAUAAUAUAUCAUGCUCAAGAAAAGCCGACUGUCAUGGCAGCCUCAGGAGCUAUGCUUAUGGCCUCUUAUGGGCUUUGGACAGUUUUUGCUCUGCCUGGCUUUCGAAAAGUGCCAGCAAGUCUAAAGGUGCCAUACUUGCCCUCGAGUACGGUACAGACACGGAAUGUUACGAGGCUCCUACAGGGCAGAGGAGGCUGUUUGGCAGAUCUGGGUUCUGGUGAUGGAAGACUGGUGUUUGCUGCCUCGUCACUGGGCUUCCAGUGUACUGGUUUUGAAAUAAACUCCAUUCUCAUAGGCUAUGCCAAAGCCAGAGCAAGGUGGAUGGGAAUUCCAAGUGCUGCAGCACGAUUUGUAAAUGAUGAUUUCUGGAAGACUGAUUUGUCUCCAUAUAAGAACCUGACAGUCUUCUUGGCGCCUGGAGUGAUGGAAGUACUAGGCAGGAAGCUGGAACAGGAGUUGGCUCAGGAUGCCAGGGUGAUUGCCUGCCGUUUCCCGUUUCCUCACUGGCAUGCUUCAGCGUCAGAGGGACAAGGACUUGACCAAGCCUGGGCCUACGACAUGGCUACAGUUCACAAACUCCCAUCAUGAGCUCCAACAAAUCAAGUGUAAAUUGGACAAAUAGAAUAAUAUGGGAUUGUGCUGACUGGUUAAUGCUGUAUAUGAAGCCAUGUCAGAUGUGUUUGUGGUUAAAUUUUGGAAAAUAGCCAGCAUUUGGGUGUGAGCAAAUUUGAUAUCUCCAUGUAGAUGGAUUAGGGUUCAAUUCCCAUCCCAGGGUCUGUGUGCAUGGAGUUUGCAUGUUCUCGUCCUGCUUGGUGGAGGCUAGGUACAGUAAGAGGCUAAAUUAAAAACAGCAAAAUAUUAGGUCAGUCUUCCUGAUUUCUUUUAUCACAAUUUUCGAAUAUCAAGCUUUUGAAUAGAGGAUGCGUAAUGGUGAGCCAUUGUCGCCCCUGAAUGCACUUAUUUAUUUAUUUAUUUUACUAUUAUUACUUUUAAAGUGACUCACCUUGAAUAGAUUGUUCCAUUCUAAAUCUGUCAUUAAAAAUAAAUUCAACUAGUGUUGAAUAAAAUAAGCAAGGAGUUUAGGAGGUUAAAAUUUAGAACGUAAAAAAAAAAUUGAGAGAAACACUCAAACACUAAAAGUGGUUUUGCUUUUACUGGGAGACGCGAGACAUCACACUGAUGGAUCUCACUCUUGUUUGUCCAUCUGCCGUCUCCAAACCAUCGUGUGCACAGAAUAAUGCAGCUAACAAUUAAGAGAAGGAUGUUAGGAACUUAGAGGACUGCUAGUAUUUUUAUUGGUUUGACAUAACAAAAAAAGGGAACUAGAGACAAAGAAACUUCAUUUGAUAAUUUUACCUUUUUUUCUGAUUCUGUAUUCAACAAUAGGGUUAUAUAUCUACAUACUGUGACCUAGAUGACUUACAUAACCUUACUAUUAAGUAUACUUUGGCAUAGCAACUCUUUGGCAAGAUCAAUAUUCUUUAUCAUUUUAUAGAUCGGUGACAUUUUACUCUCGUCUGAUUCUAAGAAAUGCAUGGUUAAAUACUUUAGCUCUCAUACUGUAGAUGCAUGUGAAAUCUUGAAAUAGGCAAUAAAAAUGAACAUAAAUGGCCUGAGGUUAAACUGCAUUAGCAUCUUGAAUCUUGAACAUUGAUCUGUAAGAGGAGACUAAUUAAUGCCUGAGAAGCUUUUUAAUGCAUUAAUCAUGUACAUAAUAAUAAAGCUUGGGAACUUGAUAGUCAUGCUAUCUGGAUUGGAGGAAUGGCUUUAUUAUUACCUCUGACAAUUUUGACCUGAUUAACUUGGUUAACUUGAUUAAGCUGAAUUCAUAAAAAGUACUGUAUAUAUAGAGUAUCAAAGAGGACAUUUUACUUUCUUUAGUUGGUUCGUCAAAUGAGAAUGAGUGAGUAGGAGUUGGAAAAUAAUCAACCUGGCAGAAAAUGUCUUAAAGUACUAUAGUACAUCUAGGUAUCAUGUGCUCACUUAGCAAAGCCCUACAGCAUUAUAAACGUUUUUGUCCAAAUUGUGAUCCUCUCCAAGCGAUUUUUGUUCACUUGCAUGGUCCGGGCCAGGAGGCAGCUUUGUGCUCUGUCACACACUUCAUGGCAGACAUGACACAGUUCAGCAUGUCUAUUUUUUUCUUCUUUGCAUUGGCCAUCUGCUGCCUCCAGCCUCUCAUGAACAAUGGGUUAUAAUUAUUAUGCUUAUUCUAAUAAAGUUGGAAAUGAAACUAGAUCACUUUCAUAAACCAAGUGCAGAUGGAUGACGAGCUGUCAUGAUUCACAGAAAAAAAAUGAUACAAGUGUAAGCACACGAAAUGAGCAAAAAGAUAAUCUGGACUCCAGGAUAGUAAUACCAAAAGCUCGAGAGAAACAAGGCUACAAACGAGAGUUUAGUUAAGUCACAGAUGCAAAUGAACUGUUCUGUUUAGAUGGAAGGUGUGUGAUAUUUGGAAGUUGGUAUGUUAGAUUAAAAUUCUGACGAUUGUAAACGAGCUCCUUGUGAUUUUUGUGACUAGUUGGCUGUUGAAUUGUCUUCUGACUUGGCACUUGGGUGAGAACAAUGAUUAGUGUGAUUUAACUGAGUGUGAUUGCGAAUGGACUGACAAGAAUGCUGACACGAUAGUAGCCACUCACCCCUUUCCCAAGAGUACAAUUGUGUUUUUGACCACCUCUGAAUUAAAGAAAUAGACUGCCUGAAUGUCAUGUGUAAAACUUUCAUCACUUUAACUACACCUGGCCCUACAUUACAGUAACCACAAGGUGAUGCUCUGUUCCUUUAGUUCAGAACUGAGCAGAGCAAGAUGUAACCACAUAUACUGUAUAGUCAAGUUCAAAAUUAUAUAAGAAAAAAUUUAGACAGCUGACGAACCUACACGUAAAAAAAAAAAGAAAGACUUGUAUAGCUCUCCACUAAUAUAACUUGCCACAUCCAGAGU